AUGUAAGCACAGACGAAAGGCUUUGCUGUUAUAUAUCGCUGCACAGAUAGAGUGUGUGUGCACAAGCAUGAAACAGAUGGUGCAGCGUUAUGCAUUCGUGGUGCAUGUUCAGAUCAUUUUGUUUCAUUUGAGACAUUUUUCCUUUUGGUCAGCAUCGAUGCAUCAGGAUCGAGCUGCCGUGGUGCUGAGGAGAUUUAAUACGGCAUUUGUAGAGAAAGCAGAGCAGCGCUCACUCUAUGCUGCUACCAGCAAUGCAGCUCAGCGUUUUCUCUGGCUAUAGCAUCGAGCACUGAGCUGGUGUGUGAUGUAGCACCCAGAAUCUCUCCGCUCUCCCUACAGCCCUCUGCCAUGCUUAAUAAAAGUUGCCGCUUCCUGCUCAGUGGCUCCAGAACGAACGCUUCAGUUGCCCAGCUAGCACAAAGGCAGACCCAUACUCCGGUUUAGCUACAUGCUGUACAAACUGAGAUAUUCCUAUAGCUGAAGAAGGACAGAAGAGGGACAGUCAAAGGAGGGCAGGGCAGAUCUAGCCCAGGACCUGGGCUGCAAGGAUAGAGGCGAAGGACGUUGGAGCUGGAGUCAUCUGCACACAGAGAGGGAGGGAGAGGAAGAAAGACGUCAGAAAAAGCUCUGCUUCUGACAACACCACUGUUCAGCGACCAUCAUAGAAAAAAAAAACUACUUUCGCCUUGUCCUCGCGAAACUGUUUUUCAUGUAUAGUUGUGUAUAUUGAGGGCUGUAGAAAAAGGAUACUGCAUGACACUGUUUCCUGUUCGCCCUGCAUCAUUCUCUCUGUUUUACUAAGAAACAGGAUGGAGAUUAUGAUGGCUUGAGUCACCACAACUGUUGACCAGACUGUUGGCACUGGAGCUCAUCUGUCAGGACACUACUGCCAUCUAGUGUUAAAAUACCGGAACAGCUAAAUCACCACAUGUACAAAAUGUACACACAUCUUCUUGAUUUUCAAAACAAUAUCAAAACCAUCACAUCCACCAUUUUGUAAUAAUCUGAUAAAAUUAUUUUUUUCUUUAUCUUUCUAGAUGACUGUGGUGUCCCCGUGCACUCAGAACCUGAUGGAUAGUGCUCACCCUCAAACUGUGCUUAGCAAGCUCAAUGAGCAGCGCUCGCAAGGCCUCUUCUGUGAUGUCACCAUUGUGGUGGAGGAUGUUAAGUUUCGAGCCCACAAGAACAUCCUGGCAGCCUGCAGCGGGUACUUCAGGAACACUCUGACAACUCCUGAGACAUGGAGCUCUGGCCAAGUGGUGGAGCUGAUGGACCUUAAGUCUGAGGUGUUCGCCAGUAUCCUCAACUUUAUCUACUGCUCAAAGGUGACGUCAGCUAGUGCAGAGGACACAGGGGGACUGGUGGCAGCUGGAAAAAAACUUGGAAUUCCUUUUUUAGAGAAGCUUGCAGAGCAAGAGAGGCAGGACAAAUGUGUUAAACCCACUGACUCCAGCACAACCCCAGUGUCUAAAAAAACUAAGAAGGAAGCUCAGAGGCCUGAGGACCUAGACAGAGGGCCGCGCAUCACCAAUGCUUUCUCUAUCACUGAGGUGUGUCCUGGGAACAAUCUUUUAACCCAUCUGGUUCAAACCAAUGGGGAGAGACAGUCACCAGAUGUGGGACAGCUCCCAUCAAGUUGUCCCACGACCUCCUGCCUCAGCGGGAACAAUGAGACAACCCACGCCCUCUCAGAGCACUCAUAUGCAGUGAGCAAAUCUACUGAAGGCAAAGACAGCAGUCAGUGGGACAACAAAAAGGUCUGUAAGCCAGCAAUACCUCAUCCAAAGCAACUCAUUUACAGGAACACAGGCCCGCUUAAAAAGCGCCACAGACUGCGGGGCACUUUGUGUCGAAGCAUACUUCCAGCACCAGCUGAACCACAAGCAGAUAAACCAAAUACAGUUACCCCCACAUUAGCUGAUGGUGUUUCCGCAGCACCUGCUGUAUCCAUGACACCACCUCCACUUUUUUCAGAGGCAGAAACACAGAAAAGAACAGACCCAGAGCUCCCGGUAGCCGCGGACAGUGGUCUAAUGGAGCUAGGUCCACCAACCCUAUCCCCUCACCCAGAGGACAGUAUUUCAAUCUAUGGAUGUGACCACUGUCCAGAGAUAUUUGCAAACAAAGCUCUUCUUACCAUUCACUCAGAGGUACAUAAAAAGCGUUUUGUCAGUCAUUUGUUUUGCAAGUUUUGUCACAGAAAGUUCAUACACCUCAAACGGAUGCGCAACCAUGAGCAGGUCUGUCCAAAAGCUGUACGAGGUCCGCCUAAACUGCAUGCCCCUGACAUAUCAACCAAAGAUGUGGAACAGAUUACAGAUGACAAGCCCAACACAGAGAGUAUGGUGACUCAGCUACCUACUCCCAAAAUCUCCUCCCCUUACACCCCAGAGCCUCUUCAAGCGGACCAAUCAGAGCCUCCACAGGAAGAGAAGGUAGUAAAGCUAGGUAGCAGUCAAAGGAGAUACAACUGUAGCGUGUGUAAACGGGUCUAUGUCACCCUGUCCAGUCUCAAAAGGCACGAGAAUGUACAUUCGUGGCAGAGGGCUUAUCCCUGCCAUUAUUGUAAUAAGGUGUUUGCACUGGCAGAGUACCGUACAAAGCAUGAAAUCUGGCACACAGGUGAACGUCGCUAUCAGUGCAUUUUCUGCCUUGAGACAUUCAUGACAUAUUAUAUCUUAAAGAACCAUCAGAAGUCUUUUCAUGGCAUUGAUCCCAGUCUAGCUGUGAAGAAAAAAUCUGCCAAUGGUGGUCUUAAAGCCAGUGUUUAUCCAAUCAAGCUUUACAGGCUUCUGCCUAUGAAGUUCAGAAAGAGACAAUACAAGACAUACAGUCAGACAUAUUCAGAGAGUGUUGAAAGAGGUGACGAAGCCCCACCAGACAAUAACUCUCUCAUCCCUCCAUUUGAAGAGAACGGUCUGAUCAGCCACCCUGAUACUGUUUCAUUCCCUCUGACAUUCAUGGCAACAACAAAGAUGGUGGCUCCUGUCAUUCCUCACAUCAGCUUUGGCAAGCCAUGUGACCAACAUGUCGAACAAAGUCUCAACAGUGACUUGGAAAUUCAGAAAGGCACAAGAAAAGAGGCAGAAAACAGAGAUUCACCCUUCAGUGACUACAACAGCACCUUCUCUUUGCAAUCCGAGUCUCCUGCACUGGGUUACAAAGACGAUCCUCCAGUGCUAAGCAAUUCAGAGCACAUCGGUCGUAAUGUGCCAUUCUUUAACUCUUUGAACACUGUUAAAAAGUUAGGUGAGCUAUCAGCUUCUGCAAAAAGAGUUGAGGAUAUGACCAAGGAGAUACUUCAAUCGAGCACUGAGAAUCUGGUGCGCGAUAAAGAUGUGAGGGCAAAGACUGAAACGUAUAUCGCCAAACCUGCAUGCCCGGGUCCAUCUGUGGAUGGUGCUGCCAUGCCGCUCUGUCAGAUAACAGUGAAAAUAGGCAAUGAAGCCAUCAUUCGCCGCCGAAUCAAGGGAUCUAAGCUCUUCCCGAGAAAGAAAAGGAGAAUCAGAGACCGGAGUGAAGAGAGCCCAAGUCGGUGCCCUCCAACAAGGGAAGACUCAGAGAGCCCCAGGCUCCGCCUGCGACCUGAAGCGACUGCCGCAACAGAACCAGAGACAUACGAUGAUCCCAAUGACUGUGACACAGCUGAUAUGCUUUGGCGUCCCUACUAUUCGUACAAAGCUAAAAAGAAAAGGAAGAAGUUGAGAUUGAAGCACAGAAAGGCUUUGUUUCACGGUUAUCCUGACAUAUCUGCAGAUAGAACUGCUGCCGGUGAAGCUCAUUUUGAUAAAAGCAGUUGGCUGACAGAAGAGAGCAUGUCGGGUGGUAGUGGAGAGGUGAAACGCAGUCUCAGCAAGAACUCCAGCCCGAGGGCCACCUACAACUGUGACAUCUGUGACAGCUCUUUCAUCACAGAGACUGGUCUGAGAGCUCACGUUAUUGGUUCCCACCCAUGUUUCUGCAGAACCUGUGGUAAACAAGGUCCCCCUGGUGAGGCUCCUGCCGGUGGUGAUUACAUCUGCAACAGCUGUAUGGAAAAUGGCUCCUGUUUCGAUAACACACCUCGGAGCCCCAACCCAGAGAAGAAGUAUCGCUGCUCCUUCUGUCCCCAGCGGUUUCUCUACCUUGCCACCAAGAGAAGCCAUGAGAAAAAACACCAGGAGACAAAUGAGGAGGGAUAUAACUCUGACAACUUCUCACCAUGUUCUAAAUACUCAGCACACCUGUGUGAAGACAAUAAACAAGACACCAUCAAAACAGAGGAGAGUGACAAUCAAGGAGCCACUGACAUAAAAAGUGAAAGAGUGGAAGAAGGACAUUUUUCCAUUGAUAAAAUGAAGCCUAAAAUCGAGGAUACAUCUGACUUUAUGUCUUUAGCUGCCUACCAAGAUGUGUCAUAUCCCAACAUCAAAAGUCCACUAUCACCCUGCAUUGACCCGUUGUUUUCCCUGACACACUCAAAGCUGAAACAUAAAACAGCGAAAAAAAGGAUCAAUGCACAGCAUCCUAUGCAUCUCAUCUCAAAGAAGCAAACUUGUGACAGAGACAGUGAUAGCAACAAGGACACUUUGAUGGGGCCAAGAACAACAGGUCACAAUGAUCGCGAGAAGUCCUGUAAACUCUUAAGGAGAAAUGACUCUGAAACUAAAGGUGCCCACAUUUCUAUACACAAGCCAGAGAAAUGGGUGUGCAAAGAGGAGCCAUUUUUCUAAAGAUCUUUGACUGUGGAAAAUAACAGGAAAGAGAAAGUGAAUCGAACUUCACGCGGCUGCUUUAGGUUAGAAAAUAUGAGAGUGUUAUCUUUGCAGCUGAGCUCAAUAAAAUGUUUUGAAUGGACAGUAAAAUGAGGAUCUAACAUCAGUGCAGGCUGUUAUCUCUUUCCUCCCAUACUCAACGACUGAGCGAUUUUUCACCUUUGUAGAGCAUAUUUUUUGGGGGUAAUAUAGGUCUUUCUGACACAGACUGUACCUUGUCCAUUGUCUAUGCAUAUAUGGCAGAAUCAGUGACAUGACUGUAAGCAGUUUCAGAGCAGGGGUAGGAUGUGUUGGACAACUGAAAACCUGCCUAGUGUGGUUACAACUUCACUUUUUAAAACAUGUCUGUGGGAAAACAGUAUGAAUUUCAUAACUGUCACAUUUCUGAAUCUCACGUUCGGUUAACUGGCUACGGUGAGUUGCACUUUAUAGUUAGACUAUGCGGAUGUGUUGGAUAAAAUCUUUGAUAAUUCAAUAUAAAUUCUAAGCACCAUAUAAUUUUAAUUUCUAAUUAACAAAUG